AUGCUACUCCUAGAACCCGAAAUACAGCCCUCAGCGUCAGCUGGAGAUGCUGCUGCUGGCACAGUCUCCACAAGUACUCGAGAAAACUCCAAAGGUCUGUGGGCACAUGCUGCUGCUGCCACUGCUCUAGGUGUCGCCGUUGCCGCUGCUGCUGCUGCUGCUGACGCCGCUGCCGGGCGUGGGGUGGUUAACGGAAGGAGGAUAGCACAAGAAACUCUGUGGAUACUUCAUCUCCACCCGAAGUUGCGGAAACAAGCGGCUGGUUGUCUCGAGGCAGCAGCAGCAGCUGGUGCUGCUGUUGCUGCUGUUGCAGCAGCAGCAAGUAUUGGUUCGAGGCUAGAAGAUCGGGGGAACGGAGGCGUCGGAAGCGGGCACCAGCUGCGCGGGCGACAACAGCAGCAGCAGUACGCGUGCGUUUCCCCUUUUGCUGCAGCAGCAGCAGCUCCUGCUUCUUCCGUCGCAGCUGAAGAGCAUCCCAGAGCUUUAGGAGCUGCUCGUCAGGCAACCCGGAGCAGGCGCAACAGCAACAGCCAGAGCAGCAACAGCAACCGGAGCAGCAGCACCACCAGAAGCAAAAGACACAGCAUGGUGUCAUUUUUCGACUGUACGUACAAGCCCAUUGCCUUCCAAAACGGACUGGAUGGUGUUUCUUCUGUUUCUGCUGCUGCUUGUUUUGUUGCUCGCUACCUCCCAUCAACUGUCUCAAUGUGCAGCAGCAGAAGUUUUGCGCCUUUCGACUCCCUCUGUAGCAGCAGGCACAGCAGCAGCAGCCGAUCCUGUGCCACAAUUGACAGAAACAACUGCAGCACCUAUGCCAGAUGCAGUAGUAGCGAUAGUAUAGGCAUUACUGACGAAAGGAUAAGGAACGGCAGCGAAAGCAGCAACACCAGCGGUAUCAGCAGCUUGCACAGGGUCCACAGUAGCAGCAGCAAUGACAGCAACAGCAGCAGUAGCAUAAGCAGCUAUACAAGCAUCAAUGACAGCGGCAGCAACAGCAACAGCAACAGCAACAGCAGCACCAAUAGCAGCAGCAGCAAGCUGGGCGGUUUGUUUGGAAAUGAGAUUUUUUGGGGGGCGCAAAUUCGGCAGGGGAACUUAAGCAGGAAGAUUCCGUUUAAAGUACACCGCACAGGUUUGCAACGGCACCAGCAGCGGCACCAGCAGUUUCGCCUUAGGAAUUGUAGCAGUAUCAGCAACGCGAGCGGCAACAAGGGCGCCACUAGCAGCAGCAGCAGAGGCAGCAGAAAGAAGGAAAUUCAGCAGCAGUUUGAGAAAUAG